GGGGGAGAGAGAGAAUUAGAAAGAACAGAGCAGCAGCAUUCUUUGUUCAUUUGUCCAAUUGUUGAUCAAUAUUUCACCGCAAAUCACAACAUGUUUGUGCACAAGGACCAGUCCAAUGUCAUCAAGGUGCUGAGGAAACAAAUUGCUGAGUUGGAGGACGAGAAAGAGAGUGUGAAGCGCUAUACUGAAGAUUUUUACAGUAGCAGAACUGAAGCACUCCAGAAUUGGUUGGAGAUCACAUCAAAUUUCAUUCAGAGAGCACACUAUUUGCUAGAAGAUGUUGGGAAACGUGGGAAGCCUCUUUUCCAACUUAGAAAGAAGGCGGAGCAGAUAUGCAAGGAUAUUGCUGCACAUGUUCAAGAAGCUCGUGGAUUCACCGUCAUCCCACUUUCCUAUCGACAAGAGAAAGUGGCUGCUGGUCGUUUUGAGGACUUUGAAUCGAGAAGUGAUGUUUUGAAGGACAUCAUGGAGGCACUACGAAGUCCUGGCAUCAACAAGAUAGGAGUGUACGGGAAGCCUGGUAUGGGGAAGACAAUGAUGGUUAGAGAAGUUAAAAGAAGAGCUGAGCAAGAGAGAUUGUUUGAUGCAGUUCUAAUGGCAACUGUGGGUAGGAAUCCAGACUUACCAAGAAUUCAAGAUGAAAUUGCAUGUGUUUCUAAUGAAGAGACAGGGCUGAUAGAAAAGAAUGUCCUCGUGAUUUUGGACGACAUAUGGGAGCCAGAAUUAUCUUUGGAGUUGCUUGGAAUAAAUGGGAAGGAAGAAGACAAUGUUGUAUCUUACAAACUUCUGCUGACCUCUAGAGAUAGAGAUGUUGUAUCUCAUGCAUCGGAAACACAAAUUGAAAUUGGCAGCUUAGCUGGGGGAGACGCAUGGAACCUAUUUAAGAAGAUAGCUGAUGAUCCAAAUAAAAGUCGUGGUUUGCCGUUUUAUGCAAAUGAGAUUACCAAGAAGUGUGAGGGCUUGCCCAUUGCUGUUGCAACACUCGCAAAUGCCUUGAGAAGAAGGAAUCUGAUUGAGUGGAAGACUACUUUACGAAAGCUACAAAGCCUGCCCUUUGAUCAGCUGAAUUCAAGUCAGAUACCACAAAGCCUGUAUUCAGCUAUCAAGUUGCAUUACAGUGAUUUGAAAAGCAACGAACUCCAACAAAUUUUCUUGCUUUGCAGUCUACUAGGUCAGAAUGCAACCAUUCAAAACUUGUUGAAAUAUGUUAUAGGCUUGGGCUUAUUCCCAGAAGUCAAAUCUAUAGAGGAAGCACGAGCUCAAGUGCUAAAUUUGGUGACGAAACUCAGAGAUUCUUCUUUGUUGCUGGAUAGUGGUAGCAGUUUGUACUUUGAUAUGCACGAUCUUGUUCGAGAUUUUGCCACAUCGACUGUUUCUAAGGAGUAUGGUGUGUUGGCUUUAACAGAAGACGCAUCAGUCAACCGAUCACACAUGGAGGCGAUGGAGAGCAUCAAAUGGAUUUAUUUAUCAAAUGGGGACACCAGUCUGCUUCCAGAUGAGUUGAAAUGUCCGCAACUCACUUUCUUUCAUUUGUCUAAAGAGGGUCCUUCUCUAGCAAGUCCACCAAACUUGUUUAGGGAUAAGGAAGGACUCAAAGUUUUGAUUGAGUUAGGAGCCACAAAUAUAGGCACAAUGAUGGGAGAGCUGGAGAAUUUGAAAGUCCUCAGCCUUGCAGGAUCUGAUAUCAAAGAGUUGCCAAGGCAAAUAGGGCAGCUAACCAACCUGAAGUUGUUAGAUUUGAGUGAUUGUACCGAACUCAAAGUAAUUCCACCAGGUGUCUUGUCAAAUUUGUCAGGAUUAGAAGAACUAUAUAUGAGAAACAGCUUUGUUCAAUGGGCGGAGGGCAUUGAGGAGCAUGAAAAUCAAAAUGCUAGCCUAGCAGAGUUGCAGCGUUUAAAGUUGUUGACUUCUAUAGAGCUACAUGUUAUUUGCAAUAUUCAGAAGAUUCCGGGAGGCUUGUUCUCUGAAAAUUUGGCAAGAUUCAAAGUUUUCCUGGGAGAUAGGUGGAACUACUGGAGUAGUGCUUGGGGAGUUUCAAAAUUAUUGAAGCUAAAGCCAGAUGAAAGAAUUAGUUCUCACCACUCAGUUAAGAAGUUGCUAAAGAAGACAAAUGAACUACAUCUAGAAGGAUUGAUUGGUGUUAAAAAUGUAGUCAAUGAGUUAGAUAACGACGGUUUCCAAGAAUUGAAGUAUCUCUUUGUCCAAGAUGCUUCGGAGGUUCAACAUAUCAUCUCAGUACUGAAGCCUGCAUUUCCUGUAUUGGAGUUGAAGAAUUUGUUCUCCGCCUCUAUAGCCAGACAGCUUCAGCAACUACAAGAAAUUAUAGUGAAACACUGCAGUGACAUGGAAGAGAUUAUUGAUGACAAAGAGCAAGAGAGUGGGAAUAGUGCUGAAGAACGUGUAGGACAUAUUGUGGAAUUAAUUACUCUGCGAUCCUUGAAGUUACAACGUCUACCAAAGCUGAUUAGCUUGAACAGUAGUUGCAGGAACAUGACCUUUUUCUAUGAAAAGAGUAUUAUGGUGAGUUGGGGUUAGAUUAAUAGAAGAAUAAUAUACUGUUGAAUUGUUU